AUGUAAAGUCAAAUUCGAACAACACAAGCAAAUUUCAAAGUAAAAGCUAGCUUUGUUUCUUCCAACCUCUCACCUCCCAUGUAUCCUUGCUUUAGCUGUAGAUUUUGGCCCUCAAAAGUAAGCCCAAAUUGUUUAAAAAUAUAGUACUAGCAGUGGUUUCAAAGGAGGGAAACAAGGAGAUUGAAAAGGCUGAGUCAAACAAUCCUUGUUAAAGGUCCCACUUUCACAAAUCUCUUCACCGUCCUCACCAAGCAAGAUCCUUAUAUAUAGAGAGCAGUAGCCGGUAGCUAGCAAUACCAUAGCAAUAUUUCAAAGACUACCCAAUUUAAAACAUUUGACAGAGCAUUUGUUGUGAGAGAAACGUUUAAGAGAUAGAAGACGUAGUCAUGUCAAUGACCAACAACAGCUCAACAUCUUAUUCAUCAAUGAAGCGUAUUGUUUUUGUGCUGGGUUUAUUAGCGUUGUUGGUUUCAACAGAGUUUGCUGCUGUCCAUGGCCGAGCGCUUCGAUCAACGACGACGGACAAUGUCGUUGUUAAUCCAGGACGAGAAGAACAAGGGGGACCUGACAAUGAAGCGAUUGGUGUUUCUUCGUUUGCAAACAACUCCAGCAACCGUAAAUCGUUUAGGAGCUUGGCUUAUAAAUUAGCCUCCGGACCAAACACAAAAGGUCCGGGACAUUAGUUUUAAGCAUUCUUGGUUUCAUUUUUUGUUAUUUGGUUUUCCAACUUAUGCCAAGACCAAGGUUGUGCACAGAUUUGCAAGCUGUAGCAUUUUUUUUCAUCUCUAAUCUCCUACUAGGAAAAUCGGAGAUUUGUUUUUCAUUCCUUAAGACGAGAUGUUCUAAUUAUACUUGUAAUUUUCACAGUUUAGAUUGAAAAUUUUGAGAUAGCGACACACAUUGAUUAGAACUAGGAUAAUCUGUGUUGUUUUGGAUGAUGAAAAAUUAUAGAAAUCAUAUACUAUAUUAUUAUCACCUGGAUAUGGAAUUUAAGCUUGUAUGAUUGUCAGCAAAAUCACCUACAUUUACAAGUAAGAAGCUGCAAAGAAUUUAGAAAUCUGAUUAUGCAAUCUAAACCAAACUCCAUUGAAGUAAAAAAGAAAAGCACAGAAGACGGAAGAUCAGCAGAUAGUCCAUCACCGAUUAGCUUUAAUUGACCAUGCCAAUAUGUUUCUCUGUCUACUAUUCAAUGCCUGCCUCGUUUGAUAAUGUAUACUUUCUACUUAAUCUCUCAAUGCAUAGAAGAUUUAGCUAACAUUUUUCCUUCCUUCCGCGUGUUUCUAGACAGGCUGGAAAUUGAUUUCAUUUGCAAAAAUAUAGAUUCUUUUUCUGUUUUUUUAUUGAAAGCUUGUAUGUAAGCAUGGAAAUAAUGUUAACAAGCCGAACUUGAUCAUCCUUGUUUGCAGUGGACCCUAAGCCUAUAGCAUUCAAGUCUCUGUCGACGGACAAGAAAAACGAACAGCUAAAGGGCCUAAAUUUCUAAGGUGAUAGACCCCACGAGAGAAACCACUAAUCUUUGUCACCUAAAGAACUUAAGAUUGAUCUGCGGAAAGAAUUAAGCAUAUCAUUCUUUAAUGGCAUUGCUUUCGGCUUUGUUUAUGCUUAUUAUUUUUCUUCCCAAGCUUUUUUCUCUUUUUUUAAUCUGUUUCAGCUACUGCAAAAUGUUUGUAAGGUACUGUCAGUCUGUCACCUAAUUCCGAUCUUCUUCUGUCCUCUUGUGUG